CACCGUCAGGCUUUGCGCGCGAGCUGCGCGCAUGCCUUGUCCACGGUCUACCUGUGCGUUUCCGCCUUUCCUUUUGUUUUUCUCAGGUUUUGCGUGGGAGGCGGUCGCGCGAUUUCAAGGGUCUACCAGCUCUUCUACGGCGAAUGCAACCGGAUGAGAGACUGUAUCUUCAGAGUUGUCUCCGUCUUUCCAAGAACAGAACAAAAUGAACAAGGUAGAACAGAAGUUCCAGGGGUCAGUAUCAUUUAAAGAUGUGACUGUGGGCUUCACCCAGGAGGAGUGGCAGCACCUGAACCCUAGUCAGAGGGCUCUGUAUAGAGAUGUGAUGCUGGAGAACUACAGCAACCUUGUCUCAGUGGGGUAUUGUGUUCACAAACCAGAGGUGACCUUCAGGCUGGAACAAGGAGAAGAGCCAUGGAGACUGGAGGAAGAAUUCCCAAGCCAGAGGUUUCCAGCAGACCUGCACUACAAGAGGUGUUCUGAUGUCUGAUGGAAAUCUGGAUCUACCUAGGGGGAUGAAGGACAGGAAAUGUUGACUACUUGGGUAUGUAUACAAGAUAUUUUUCUUUAUGUAAAUCUAAAAAGGAUACUGACUUUUUACAAAAAUAACAUCAAAUGUAUUAUGGGGUUUAUAACAUAUGUUUAAAAUAUAUGACAAUCAUAGCCUAAAAAGGCUAUGAAAAAGAAGUUAAGUAUAUACUAUUAGAAGAUCCAUGUAUGUACUAUUACUGAAAAGUACACUGAUUAAAGCUUUUAUAAACAUUGAUGAUCACAGAAAAUAUAAAUGGUCUAAGACACCCCGUUUAAAGGCAGAGAUUUCUGGAUAAGAUAAAUAAAAAUAAGAUCCAAUCAUGCUGCCUAUGAAGGAAACAUGUUAGAUUCAAAGACAAAUAGAUAAAAAGAAUGGGAAAAUCUGACAGCCCGAUGAAGUAGCUUUCAGAACCAGGAAUACCGGUGAUGAAGAUUUUUUUCAUAUUGAUAGAGAUCAGUUCAUCAAGAGGAUUUAACAAUCCUCAACUUUAGGUUAAUAACAGAUUU